AUGACACAUAUAUUCAGGUUCCUGAAGUAUGAGCUUAAGCAGGCGGGAUGGCAAAAUGAAAAAGGAAAAAUCAAUUCGCUUUUGUGUUGUGUGAAUGCUUUAAGUAAGCCAGUUCGUGAAACAUCAUUAUACGCAUCUCAUUCUGCUGGUUAUGAGGGGUUUAAUGUUUAUAUUUCUGCAUCAUAA